GAAUAACUGACGUCACCCUUACACAUCUCAUAAUGUAACGUACAGUGUGACGUCACAUUCAGGUACGUCUCGCGUGCGGCUUUUACACUCGACAUGAUCUUUAGCAAAAAUGUCCCGCAAAACGCCUAAAAAGGAGCAACUGACAGAUGAAGAGAUAAUUGAAUUGUUUAAUAAUUCGGAAGAAAUUAUCAGUGACUCGAGCAGCAGUGAUGGCGAGGAGCUUCCCUCCAACAUCGUGCUUCUCGAGAGUCCUGAGGAUGAAGCGGCUGACUUCAACGAUGGAGGGAAAGAGACAAAGAUUUCAGAUGAAGCAGAGGAGGUGAGCUAUUCCAGCUGGAGAACUACCUGUAAUUUCACUCCUCCUGGACCUGGGGUUGUUUUUGAUAACACUAAUUCUGGGGUGCAAAACCCUCCGGCAGCUCCAAAUGAGGUCCAGUGUUUUAAAAUGUUCAUAACGGAGGAGCUUGUGGAGGAACUGGUGCAAGAAACAAACCGACAUGCGUUGCAGCUUCAGGAUGAGACAUGUACUGCUUCAAAGGGAAAGCUGGCAAAAUGGAUGUCAACUGAUAUAAAGGAGAUGUACACAUUCCUGGUGACAGUUCUAUUGAUGGGAAUCGUCAAAAAAUCGUCCCUACGUGACUACUGGAGUACAGACGCCAUGAUUCAGACCCCUUUUUUCGGGACUUUGUUCUCUCAGGACCGCUUCCUCUCGCUCCUUCGCUGCCUAAACUUUGCCAACAGUGUGAAGGCUGAUGUAGAUGACCCCCUGUUUGAAAUAAGAAGAGUAUUUACUGAAAUCACUUCCUCCUUUCGUAGUGUUUUUGUGCCAUACAGGGAUCUCUGUGUGGACCAAUCUAUUAUGAAUUGGAAGGGAAGACUGGCAUUGCGUCAACCCUUUCCAGCAAAAAACAAUAGGUUUGGGGUGAAGUUUUUUGUUCUCCGUGAUGUGCUCACUGGUUAUGUGCUGGAUAUGAUUAUAUAUACAAGAUCCACCACUGACAUCCACCACCAUGCCAGUCUUGGGAUCUCUGGGUCUGUUGUCAUGACCUUACUGGCCCCUUAUCUGUCAAAGGGACAUAUUCUUUAUGUGGACAGUUGGCACAGCAGUCCCACACUGUUUCAACUCCUCCAUUCUCAUGGCACAGGGGCCUGUGGAACUGUGCAGGCUAACAGGAGGGGGAUGCCAGCUUUCACCAACAACAACAUGACCAAGGGCCAAGUGGAAUACCAAGAGAAUGGAACACAGUUGGCAGUAAAAUGGUGCAACAAAAGAGAUGUUCACGUCCUGACCACUGUCCAUGCAUCUGUCAUGGCAGUUUCACAGAAGGUUGAUUACACCACUGGGCAGAAAAAGAUUAAGCCACUCUGCAUCCUAGAAUAUGAUAAAAAGAUGGGGGCUGUGGACAAAGCAGACAUGAUGAAAAGUUUUAUAGAGUGUGCCAGGAAGACCACAAAGUGGUAUAAGAAAAUGUUCUUCUACAUGCUUGAAACGGCCAUAUUCAACAGUUUCAUUGUCCACCGCCAACUUUCUGGCAAAGUCAUGACUCCUCUAGAGUUCCGAAUGAACCUGAUGAGAGCACUGCUGGAGGAGAACAGUACACCUCGGAUUCCGCCCAGGGGGGGACGUCCUGCCUUGGACAGUCCCUUGCGUCUGACAGCCAGGCACUUCCUUUCUGAAAUCCCUCAGACUGAAUUACAGGGCAGGAGAACCAGACGUGCCUGCAAGGUCUGCAUUUCCAGCAAGCGCAGGACAAAGAAGAGGCGUAGCACUAGAUAUAUGUGUGUGGCAUGCAACAUUGCCUUGUGUGCUACUCCUUGUUUUGAAGAGUACCACACACUGAAAAAUUACUGAGAACACCUGUCAAAUAAAAUGAUGCAUUCUUUGAUAUCACAAGCAGCAACACCUCACACCAGGGCGAUCGUUCAUGAAAUCAUCUUUGAGCACUUAAGGUGUUUUGAAGGGCUCUCUAAUAACAACUCACUAAUGUUAAACAGCUGUAAAGAUCACAACACGGUUUAUACAUUUAUGGAUUGCUUCUCUCUGAUUCUUGAAAACAACAAAUGUGAAGUUUCAAAAUUCACAAAAAAUAAUUUAUAUGCUACCUUACAUUUAACACACAUUAGCAGUAUUAUGUCUGCCUUCAUGUUUUGUUAUGGCAACUAACUGCAUUAGAAUGUUUUAUUAAGUUAUUCUUUUUACAAGUAUACAUGUUUAUACAGUAUGCUAUUCUGUUGAAAGGCUACAAUUAGUAAUAAGACAGGCCACAUCUCUGGACACUCUCCUAUUAAUUAGUGAAGUAUAGUAAGCAGAGCAGCUUUGCAGGGAGAUUUACCAUUGUGUAUACUGACUAAGAUACAUGUUUUGUGUCCAUGCAAGUUUUCCACUGUACAAUGGACAAAGACAAUUGUAUGAUUACAAUUAAAAUGAAAAAAAAAAAAAAAAA